AUGUCUCCUGAACUGGUUGCUUACAGGUUCGCACCCGCUGUGGCUGAAGUAGUCUCGGGGAAUAGGCGGAGCAUCAGCUUCUAUAGCCACCUCAACGUUGGUUCACACAAAGUUCACGAGGGACUCAGAGAUACAGAUACGGCGCAGAGCAGCAGAGAGCUGGAGCAGCUAGGAUCGGCCUGUGGCCUUUCCAAGGACGAUGGGCUUUCACUUCCCUGCGAGGUAGCGGUCCCAGUGGUCCCUGAAGAGGGGCCCUUCCUGUUGCCCGCCUCUAGAGAACGAAGACAGGCCGAGGCGCCAGGUUCCCAGCAGCAUCAGCAGCAGCAGCAGCAGCAGCAGGCGCGCCUCCUGCGUGCAUGUUGGCAGAUGAAGAAGGGAGGGCGUCUCCGGAAGCAAGAACAGCAGCACCAGGAACUUAAUAAGGGCGAGGAUAUUCUGCCAGCAGCUCCCGAUAUCCUGCCCCCAAGUGUGGCUGCGACCGCCACACGACCGCCGGUCUCGGGCACACACGGCCACCACACGUCGACGGUCCCCUCUUCCUCCCACGGUCUCCCCUCCCUCCCCCUCACCUUCACCUUCACCUUCACCUUCACGCUUCCCCCCCUCUUCCUCCUGCGUGGCCUGCCCCUGCACGAAGGCACGGCACAACUACGUACUCCCUCGUCCGUCCACGGCCGUCGUCCAGAGGCGCAGACGUCUAUUGGGCCUAAGGGCGACAGCAACAGCCGGUCGAUUCCCUACGCAAUAAUGCCCACUGUUCCGCCGGCUACUGCUGCGUCAAGAGAUCCCUUCCCGCCGCCGAACCUGCGUGACGACUUGUUACCCGUCUCGUCUACCUUAGUCUACCUUACGCAGUAA